UUGUUUUGACAGUUCCAAUCGGCUUGGUCCGUUGUCAAUCCGCGCGAUAAUGUGAUAUUUUUGGAAAUCAGGAGAGAUAUUCUGAUAAUAUUUCUUCGUGAUAGUAUUCCCCCGAGUGGGAAGCGAUUAUUUAUUUGAAAUAUGUCGUCAGUGCAGCGAGCCUUCGCCCAAAAGCUGUCCAAGCAGCAGGCGUCCGACGUGAGGAAGAAUGUGGCCAAUCAGCAUCUGAUUCCGAAAAGUGAUACCAGCUCGGUAUCGUCGUCGCUUUCCCUGGUGGAGCUUGUCGAGCCACUAGACUAUGAAGACUUCCUGACGCAGCAUUCGAACAUCCUCAGCCGAGAUCCUCUGAGGAGCAUUUUGGAGUUUCCUCCCAAUGAUGUCAUCGUGAAGACAAUUCCAAGGAAAAUAAGAACCGUUCAGUACAUCGUACCCAAGGAAACUAUCUCUGAACUUCCUUUACACGUGCAAGAAUGCAUUCAUUGCUUCACGAGACCAUGGAAAGUUGUUGAAUUCUCGCAGCGCCACUACUCCAGUUCAUGUUGCGUCCGCGAACGCUACGACAAGGGAGCAAUCAGUCCCAACGCGACACCACCGGAAUUCGAAGUUGAUAAAGACUUUGGAUCAUUUGAUGACACUCUAACGGAUAGUUGCACGCCAAGCAGCCGUCAAUCCAUAGCCAGUUUAUCUUCAGUAUCCUCAUGUACUGAUACUUUGACACCGCGUGGAUCAUGGGCUAGUUUCGAUUUACGUCGCUCCGUAAAUGAUCCUUUGAUUCCGAAUCUUCUUGAAGAUUUACCGAUCGAAAUAAUCGACCAGAGCAACGAGUCUCGCCGCCAGGAUGAUCGAAAAGAAGCUCUCUUCAGUCUCUAUCCCGAAGCUGAUCCUGAAGAUUCGAUUGAAAAACGCUUCCCAGCCGCUGUACCAUAUGAGCAUCAAGGCUAUCGUAUUCUUGUUAAAUGUCUUCAGCUUCGUCUUGAGCUUGAAGUUGAGCCGAUUUUUGCAUCGAUGGCUAUUUACGAUGCCAAAGAAAAGAAAAAGAUAACCGAGAACUUCUAUUUUGACAUGAAUUCGGAGAGUUUAAAGCGGAUGCUAACAUCGCAUGUGCCACAUAGUGAUAUCAGCACUCAAAGUCGCACGGGAAUUUUUGAGAUAUCGCAUCCAAGCAAUGAUCUGUUUUUGGUUAUACGCUUAGAGAAGGUACUGCAAGGUGACAUCAAGGAUUCUGUGGAACCGUAUCUGAAGGAAGACAAGGAUAAGCAUCGUGACAAGGCAAAGUCAAAUGCAGCAGAUUUUUGUGAAAGAUUGGGGAAGUAUAGGAUGCCAUUCGCUUGGACAGGGGUAUAUUUGACUAAUGUAUUCAACGGAGAAAACAAAGAUGAAAAAGAAGAAAAGGAUCGAGACAGUUUGGGAACUGCUUCUAGUUCGAAUAGUUUAGAUCGAAAGUCAUCGACUAGCAGUUUUGAUCAGUUGCGUCGUAAAGCAAGUGACAUGGGAACGCUUACCCGACGAGGAUCACUAGAGAGGCGAAGUGAUAAGCGAAGAUCUUGGUCACCAGAUGAUUUUGCGCAAAGCAUUGAAAAUUUCACACCAACCAGCAUAACAGUUUCAAGCUUCUUCAAGCAGGAGUCUGACCGGAUGAAAGACGAAGAUUUAUAUAAAUUUCUUCCGGAACUCAAGCGCCCUGGAAAUCUUGUAAAGAAAUACAAGUGUAUUCCGGGCUCUAUCAAACUUGAAAUCGCACCCUGUCCCGAAGAAGUCAAAUACGCGCUCACUCCAGAGUUGGCCAAAGUACAUCCCUACCCUGACGAUAAAACGCGUCCCGUUAAGGAAAUCUUGGAAUUCCCAUCGAGUGCCAUUUACAAUCCCCACUACACUUAUCGUAAUCUUCUCUUCCUGAGUUUGAAAGAACUGAACUUCUCGGCCCGAGCUGGAUCAGCAAGAAAUAUCGCAGUUCGUGUCCAAUUUAUGGCAGGCGAGGCAAAGAACCAACCGAUGAAUGUUAUUUUCGGAAAAUCGUCAUGUCCUGAGUACACAACGGAGACAUUCACUGCUGUUAACUAUCACAACAAGUGUCCAACCUUCUACGAUGAAAUUAAGAUUGCACUGCCAGCAAAUUUGACGCAAAGCCAUCAUUUGUUCUUCACAUUAUUCCACGUUUCGUGCCAGAAGAAGCCGCAAGAAAUUCAGCCUUCGGUUGAGACUCCGGUCGGCUAUACAUGGGUUCCAAUCCUUCAAGACGGGAAACUGAAAGUGGGCGAAUUCACUCUACCUGUGAUGGUGGAGCAUCCACCAGAGAACUAUUAUUACAUACCACCGGACGUGCACUUGCCCGGGACGAAGUGGCUGGAUAAUCACCGGCCAGUAUUCUCGAUUGUUAUCGAUGCUGUGACCUCUGUUCAUACUUUGGACGAUCAAUUGGAUAAAUUCAUAUAUCUUUGUGAAAAUGUCGAAAAAAAUAACGUGCCUGCACAUAUUGGCGAAGGUAAUAUGGAAGCAGAAAUGAAAUCAUGUCUUCAAAAUAUUCGGCGAGCCAACCGAGAGUCCCUUGUGAAGAAUUUGCCCGUCAUUCUCGAUAAACUUAUCGAGUUUUUGGUUACCACAUACAAAGUUGGGUCGCAGCUUCUUUCCUUAGGACCAACUGUCUUCGAAGUGUUGUGCUCGGUGUCUGCCAAUUUAGCGAUUCUCUCUGAUGACAUCAUUGUGGAUCAAUACGGUCGUCAGAGCUUACUAAGUACAUAUAUUCAGUAUCAGAGCAAGAUUCCACACCCAUUCAGUGGUCGAAGACGUUUGACUGGCAGCCGAAGCAAUGCUGAAGAGAUGACGAGCAAUUUGGAGGUCUACACUUUCCACGAAAGCAGUGGUAGAAGUUUAGAUAGGAAAGAAUUCUUUUCAGACGUAUCUCCAACGUUUUCCGGACGUGAUGGUCAAAUUCGUCUCCUCCAUGAAGAGUUAGCUUUGCAUUGGGUAGAAGCUAGCGGAAAGCCUGCUGAGUUGGCUAUGAGUAAUUCCUGGUUCCUUUUUGAGUUAAUGGUAAAAUCCAUGGUCGAACACUUGGACUUCUCUCGCGCUCUGAAUACCCCACGUAAAAAUCGGUUUCCACAACGCUACACUGAAGAUCUUUCAACGCUUGUUCAUCUCGUUACAACGAAGGUGGUUGGAUAUCACAGCAAUGAACCGAAGCUCGCACAAUCACUCAAUGCGAGCUUGGCCUUUUUCAUUUUCGAUCUUUUCAAUAUAAUGGAUCGCGGGUUUGUGUUCGGUUUGAUCAAGAACUACUACAAAGUUUUGAUAUCGAAGAAUUCAUCGAUUCCUGAUUUAAUGCAUUACAAGAUCGACUUUUUGAGGAUUGUAUGCAGCCAUGAGCACUUUGUGGCAUUGAACUUACCGUUUGGGACGCCCUACACUACGGUAUCGGCCCCAUGCAGUCCUACACCAAGUAUUACUUCAAAUAAUAGUCAGACAUCGUAUUUGAGUGCAAUGGGCUCCUGUGAUACAGCUCUCUAUGCUGAUCUGAGUACAGAUUUCAGACAGCAACACUUCUUGGUUGGUUUAGUUCUCAGCGAUUUGGCGACAGUUUUGGAAGUUGCAAAUCCAUCUCUUCACGGCAAAGCAAUUCGAUGCAUCCGAAAUCUCAUGACAUUCCACGAUUUGGAUCCUCGAUACGCCGAACCGGAUGCCAGAUCGCGAGUAGCAGCUCUCUACUUACCCCUCUUUGGGAUAGUUAUGGAUACAAUUCCGCAACUGCAUCAGUACUUACCCGACACUCACGAUCGUCUCCAAAGCAUUGGCCUCUUGGAAGACUACCAAGGACCACAUCAAUUGAUAACCACUUCUACAAUAAGUCCAGAGGUAGCAUACGCUAUCUCCGGCAGCCGAACUUAUUCCUACAAUCCAGAACCCGUGAAAAAUAAAUCCCCGCUGAGCAGUGAAAAUACGAGACAUUUACUGGCUUGCUUUCUUUGGGGUUUGAAGAAUUUAGAGAAGAAAAUUUUAUACCGCUGGACUUUAGGUUUGAGUCCACAUCGGGUCCAUCAAAUGCUUCAAGUAUUGAACACUUGCAUACCAUGCUUUGAAUAUAAAGGCCAAAAACGAUUCCCUGUGACGAAAAGAAAUACUCAAAGCUUCCGAAAAACUCCGGAUAUGAAGGAAAGAUUGGAAGAAUGCAUUCGUGGAACAUGUUCAGCACGAAACGAUCUAAUUAAUCGCAGAAAAGAUGGUGGAAAUUCAACAGACAAAUUGAGAUGGCAUAAGGAUCGGAUGCCAUAUCGGACCCAGUCUUGUGACGCCCCUCCUAAAACUGACACUGAUAUGGAGAUUACAAGUCACAUCGAAGGAUCGUUAGCUACGGAAAUCAGCCUUGUCAUACUUGAUACUUUGGAGAUUAUUGUUCAAGUCGCUUCGAGUUCAGAAAUACAUCACAAUUUAUUGGGAACAGUUUUCAAGGUUUUGUUACAUGCGCUCUCUCGGAAUCAGAGUACUUUGGCGUUGCAGAAUUGGUUCGCCACGCAACGAUCAUUGAUUUAUAAAUUUCAUAAUUUACUUUUUGAUGAAGAGACGGAUAUAUGUGCUGAUUUGUGUUUGCUUUUGUUGAAACACUGUGGGUCACAGUUGCCAGAUAUUCGGUCGCAGGCUGCUGCGUCGCUGUAUUUGCUAAUGAGGCAGAACUUCGAGAUUGGAAAUAAUUUCGCUCGGGUUAAAAUGCAAGUUACUAUGUCAUUGAGUUCUUUGGUUGGUACUAGUUCAUCCUUCAGUGAACAAUCGCUUCGCAAAGCGCUCAAAACAAUUCUAGUAUAUGCGGAAUCCGACACUGACCUACAAGAAACAUCAUUCCCGGAACAAGUUCAGGAUCUCCUUUUCAACUUACACAUGAUUCUCUCCGACACAGUCAAAAUGAAAGAGUAUCAAGAAGACCCUGAAAUGCUUCUAGACUUAAUGCAUCGAAUCGCCAAAGGAUAUCAGAACAAUCCAGAUUUACGUCUAACUUGGCUAGAAAACAUGGCCAAGAAGCAUAAAGAGCGCGCGAAUCACACAGAGGCUGCCAUGUGUUAUGUCCACAGUGCUGCACUUGUUGCAGAAUAUUUAAGCAUGCUAGAAUCUCAGACCCACCUCCCAGUGGGCGCUGUUUCUUUCCAACAUAUAACUCCGAACGCUCUAAUGGAAUCAGCAGUUUCUGAUGACGUAUUAAGUCCUGGCGAGGAUGGAAUUUGCUUGGGCAACUAUUUCACAGAAAGCGGAUUGAAGCAACUUUUAGAAGAAGCAGCGAACUCAUUCCAAAUAGCAGGAAUGUAUGAAGCAAUGAAUGACGUAUACAAAGUGCUUAUACCGAUUUGUGAAGCAAAUCGUGAUUUCCAGAAGUUGGCUAAAAUUCAUGGAAAACUGCAAGAAGCAUUCAACCGCAUUGCACAACUUCACGGCAAGCGGGUCUUUGGAACUUAUUUCAGAGUAGGAUUUUACGGCACGAAGUUUGGGGACUUGGAUCAGCAAGAAUUUAUUUAUAAGGAGCCCACACUCACGAAACUACCGGAAAUUUUCAGUCGAUUGCAGAACUUCUAUACUGAUCGCUUCGGACCGGAUACUGUUCAUAUAAUCAAGGAUUCAAACAUAGUUGAUACAUCUACUUUGGAUUCUGAGAAGGCAUACAUUCAGAUAACCUACGUUGAACCAUAUUUUGAAACUUAUGAACUGAGACAUCGGGAAACGUAUUUCGAGCGGAAUUUCAAUAUAAAGCGCUUCAUCUUCGCAACACCCUUUACCAAAUCAGGUAAAGCCCACGGUGACUUGCAUGAGCAAUGCAAACGUAAGACCAUCCUAACAACCAUCAACCACUUCCCGUACGUAAAGACACGUUUACAGGUCGUCGCACGCCAACAAAUCAUUCUUGAACCAAUCGAAGUUGCCAUUGAAGAUAUUCAAAAGAAAACAGCGGAGUUGGCUGCAGCUACAAAUCAGGAGCCAGCUGAUCCGAAAAUCUUACAAAUGGUUCUCCAAGGGUGCAUUGGUACCACAGUGAAUCAAGGCCCGAUGGAAAUGGCUUUGGUGUUUCUGUCUGGACUCUCUGAUGGAACGACCGUUCCCACUAAACAUCAGAAUAAAUUGCGCUUGUGCUUUAAAGAAUUUUCUAAGCGAUGCGAUGAUGCUUUGAAGAAGAAUAAAAGUCUUAUUCAACCUGAUCAAAAGGAUUAUCAGAAAGAGCUGCAGCGGAACUAUGAUCGUUUCACGGAACGUUUGAAGCCUUUGAUUACAAUAAGUCCCAGUCAGGCGCAAGGUGUUGUAAGUGCAAACGGCUAUAACAAGGGCACUCCUUUGCGGUGGUAGACCAUUCUAUCGUCAUGACAUCAUUUUCGAAUCAUUCACAUAAAUAUGCUCUCUACAUACAUACACGCAUAAUAUACUAACGAAACUUCAUACAAUUAUUAUUAUGCCAAAUAAUCACAUUUUUAUCUUUAUUCACAUAGCGAAUAUUUAUAGAUGCGCACAGUAUUAAACAUCGAAAAAUACAAAAAAAACAUUCUUUUUUUCUGAUUUGUUGAUUUACAUUCUCCUUGAUAUUUUUUUAAAUCAGCAUUACUUACGGACAUACAUAGGAACUAUGGCUACACAAUUUUCGAAAAGAACUGGCAAAUCAUAAGUUUGCAAGGAAAAUAUACGAAAAUUGUGUCUUUAUUCUGUUAAUCUAUAAAAAAUCAAAACGUUGCUUAUAUCUAAGAUCUUUUAAUCCUUUUAUUCGAUUUCAUAUUUAGCAAGGGAUGAAUCUCAUUUUUUGUGUUCAAACUACAUUUAGCUAUACCCAACAUUCAAAGUCCUUGGCAUCCUUCAUCAGCGUCACAUACAAAAGUUGAGUGCAUUUGAACAUGCAUUGGUGAAUUGCUAAGACUAUCUAUCCGCUGAUAAAUUCAUACAAUACUUUUACACGGCCGUUCUUCCAAUCGAGUGCUGCGUAUAGCGACUGUGGUUCAAAAUACGAAUCUUUAACUUAUACCAAAUGGCAAGGACUGCAUCUAAUCUCGCAAAUAUAUCUUUGCUUCAAAAUCAAAAGAAUUUCCUCAAUUUUAUGCUCUCUUGGAAGCUAUUCAUGCUUGGAAUAAAGCUUUAUUAUUUUCAUAUUUCUCUUCAGAUUUACAAAUGCAUUUCGGGGUAUUCCGAGAGCCCAUAGAGAACGUCUUCUCUAGAUGCAAGCAAACAUUUAAUAUUGUAAUAUUAGUAAACACUAGAAUUAGGUUCGAGUUUUGAUACACUACACAGCUUUUUGUAGUACAUUUUUAUAUUGCGAAGUAUUAAAAUAUAUUCAUAUUCAAUUUGAAAAAAUUGGUUU